AUGUCGGUAACACCCAAUGAUGAUAUCGUGGAGAUCAGUCAGCGUUGCGACUUCCUUCGCACGGCGUUGCGUGACGCGCCAGACGAUGUGAAGAUUAUCCCUGAACGAAAGUACUCGUACCUUUGCGAGAUGAGCGGAGAGCGGCCCAACCUUGUAUUCCUGCGCUUCAGUCAGGGUACAUAUGGCGGUAGCUUGGACCUGCACCGCUCGUACCUUAGCCAGCGGGCGUUCCUGCCGAUCCUCUUCACGUUGCCACUGUGUCCGUGGCUUGAGCACAUCAACCUCCGCGAGGAGCGGCUCACCACCACGCUCAUUCAGCUCCUGUGUGAAGCACUGCAAGACCUCCCAUGUCUGACGACAAUCGAUGUAUCAGGGAACCCAUUUGGCUCCUUCGGUGUGCAGGCGCUCCUCCGGCUGGUGCAGCGGAACCGCAGUAUUGUGGAUUGUCGUGUUGAUGGCGUGCAGUGUGUUGGGGCGUUUCUGCGCCGACUCCACAUGGCAUGCGAGCGCAACAUGGAGGACGCAGAGUUAUCGGAGGACGAGUCGUUUCGAUCAUCAAGCACGCCCUCAGCUGUGGAGUUCACAGUGUGA